AUGGCUGAUUUUAUUUGCCUCGCAGUGGCAUCACAAUACCCUGAACAUCUCACCACCAGUAGUGUGGAACCCUCAACUCCCACGACGACGACUUCAUCUUCUUCUUUUCGACGUUCCUUGAACGCAGCCACCAUCCUCGGCCGUCGACUCUCCAGAUCGUCUGAAUCUGCCCAUCCCCACGAAACCAGCAACAACAGCAACGUUACCGCCACUACCACUACCAAUACAACGAACAGCAGCGUCUCAAUGCAUGUCCGCAUCGUUCCUAGCAUUGAUAAUCCACGACGGAGUCUGAUCUUUGACAUUGUUGACCGCGAGCUCAAGGGGGGCUCUGUAGUCAAGAUUGGCCGCUUCACAGAUCGAUCCGUGACGACGAACCAUGUCUCAUUCAAGAGCAAGGUUGUAUCUCGCACCCACUGUGAAAUUUGGGUGGAUGCUGAAGAUGGCAAACUUUAUGUACGAGAUACCAAGUCAUCCUCCGGGACAUUUGUCAACCAUGGACGACUCAGCGCAGCCAACCAGGAAAGUCGGCCUGUCGAAGUCCACGAUGGCGACAUUGUCCAGCUGGGUGUGGACUACCAAGGCGGCGUGGAAGAAAUGUACAGAGCUGUCAAGAUGCGCUUCGAACUGAACCGUCGCCCGCAGCCAUUGAUCCACUCGUCGGCACUCACACACAUUGUAAAGAAGGAGGAGGAUCACGGACACAGCAGUAGCGGUGGUGCCGUCGACGAAUGCUGCAUUUGUCUCUACGCCAUGGCUCCUUUCCAGGCAUUAUUCAUUGCCCCUUGCUGCCAUAGCUAUCACUUUAAAUGCAUACGGCCCCUUCUCGAAAGCUAUCCUGGCUUCCAGUGUCCACUAUGUCGCACCUAUUCUGACUUGGAGGCGAGUGUUGAGGAGCCUGCCACACCGGUUACGGAGGAUCAACCUCAACAGCAGCAGCUACAACACCACCACCAACAACAAGAAGAGGAGGAGGAGCAGCAGCAGCAGCAGGUUAUUGCCGCUACUUCUACUCCACACGAUGACAUACAAGUCGAGGACCAACGUGAAUCAGGAGACCUUCAUCAUCAUCAUCAUCAUCAUCAUCAAUCUGAACAACAACAACAACCACUCCAAACAGAGCAGCAUCACCGGGAAGAGCAUGAGCAAUCAUCAUUCCAUCAUCACAAUCAAACAGACCCCUUGGACACCACCCUUGUGCUUUCACCCUCAAACCUGUCGGGAAUCCUGUCAAACCCGUCGUCGCCAUCAGGUACCGGCAAGAUCAUGAACAACAUGCCCGUGCAAUGGAUCCAACCACCACCACCACCACACCAAACUCACGGCGAAACUCAGAACAACAUCAACGACGCAACACGGCUACAAACUUUGUCGAUAAGCUGA